AUGGUCGCCUCCGUUGGAAAGAUUGCCCCCGCCUUCAAGGCCACUGCCGUCAUCGAUGGCGAGUUCAAGGAGGUCACCCUCGAGCAGUACAAGGGCCAAUACGUCGUCCUCUUCUUCUACCCCUUGGACUUCACCUUCGUCUGCCCCACUGAGAUCAUUGCUUUCUCCGAGGCUAUCGAGCGCUUCUCGGGCCUCAAGACCGCCGUCCUCGCCUGCUCGUGCGAUUCUGAGUUCUCUCACCUCGCCUGGGUCAACACCCCCCGUACCCAGGGUGGUUUGGGAGAGAUGAAGAUCCCUAUCAUUGCUGACUUCACCAAGAAGAUUGCCACUGAUUACGGUGUCUUGAAGGAGGAUGAGGGCGUUGCUUACCGUGGUUUGUUCAUCAUUGACCCUAAGCAGGUUGUUCGUCAGAUCACCAUUAACGAUUUGCCUGUUGGUCGUAACGUUGAUGAGGUCGUCCGUUUGGUUGAGGCCUUCCAGUUCACCGAUGAGCACGGUGAGGUCUGCCCCAUCGGAUGGCAGAAGGGCCAGUCGACCAUCAAGCCUGAUGUCGCUGGAUCCAAGGAGUUCUUUGCCUCCUCUGCUUAA